GCGCUGUAGGGACCGGCCCUGGUCGGGAGGAGAAGGCGAGCGUGCUCCCGCAACCUCCUGAAGAAGGACUGCACAGUCUGAGGUAUUUCGGAGUAGCCCCGCCGCCGCCUCAGCAGCCAUGGGACUGCAGCCUUUGGAGUUCAGCGAUUGCUACCAAGACAGCCCCUGGUUCCGUGAAAGGAUACGAGCUCAUGAAGCGGAGCUGGAGAAAACCAACAAGUUCAUCAAAGAGCUACUCAAGGAUGGCAAGACCCUCAUCGCCGCGACCAAGAAUCUUUCAGCUGCCCAAAGAAAGUUUGCUCGUUCACUGAGAGACUUUAGGUUUGAAUGUAUUGGUGAUGCAGAAACAGAUGACGAAAGAUGCAUAGAUGCAGCCCUUCAUGAAUUCUCUAACUUUCUGAAAAAUUUAGAAGAACAAAGAGAAAUAAUGGCCCUAAGUGUAACUGAAACUCUAAUCAAGCCUCUGGAAAAAUUCAGAAAAGAACAACUUGGAGCAGUAAAGGAAGAAAAAAAGAAGUUUGAUAAAGAAACAGAAAAGAACUAUAGUUUAUUGGAGAAGCAUUUAAAUAUGUCAGCUAAGAAGAAAGAAACACAACUGUUGGAGGCAGACAACCAAAUAGAGCAAAACAGAAAACAUUUCUAUGAGCUGUUACUUGAAUAUGUGUGUAAACUGCAAGAAAUACAAGAACGAAAGAAAUUUGAGUUUGUAGAACCUGUCCUGUCAUUUUUUCAGGGCAUGUUCACUUUCUACCAUCAAGGCUAUGAACUUGCCAAAGAUUUUAACCAUUACAAAAUGGCUCUGCAGAUCAAUAUCCAGAAUACAAGAAAUCGUUUUGAGGGAACAAGAUCAGAAGUGGAAGACCUCAUGAACAAAAUCAAGCAAAAUCCCAAGAAACAUAAAAGAGCAAAUCAAUUUGCAAUGGAAGGCUAUCUUUAUGUGCAGGAAAAAAGACCAGCACCAUUUGGUUCCAGUUGGAUAAAACAUUAUUGCAGGUAUAAGAAAGAGUCAAAGAAGUUUACUAUGUUACCAUUUGAACACAGAUCAGGAGGAAAAAGUGGUGAAUUGGAAGUCUUUCUCCUUCAGAACUGUACCAAAAGGAAUACUGAUUCUAUAGAUAGGCGAUUUUGUUUUGAUAUGGAAACAGUAGAGAGACCUGGUAUGCCUAUGACCAUGCAAGCAUUCUCAGAAGAGGACAGGAACAUGUGGUUUGAAGCCUUAGAUGGGAAGGAAACUGUGUUUCUCACUUUGAACAAGACUAAUACAAAAAAAGAAGGAAGUGCACAACUAGAUAAAAUUGGGCUCACAAUUCUCAGAAAAUGCAUUAAUGCUAUUGAAAGAAGAGGUAUAAAUGAUCAAGGAUUGUAUAGAAUUGUGGGGGUGAGUUCAAAAGUCCAGAGACUUCUGAAUUUGUUGAUGGAUGCAAAAACAUGUGAUGAAGUUGAUUUGGAAGGUAAUACAGAAUGGGAAGUGAAGACAAUAACAAGUACAGUGAAACAGUACUUAAGAAGCCUUCCAGAGCCAUUAAUGACAUAUGAGUUACAUGGAGAGUUCAUCAUUCCUGCCAAAAGUGGUAGCCCUGAGUCCCGUGUUAAAAUUAUCCACUCCUUGGUUCAUAAACUUCCAGAAAAGAACAAAGAAAUGCUUGAUAUUGUUGUGAAACACUUAGCAAAUGUUUCCGAUCAUGCUAAGAAAAAUCUUAUGACUGUGGCAAAUUUAGGAGUUGUAUUUGGACCAACAUUAAUGAGGCCACAGGAAGAAACUGUGGCUGCUCUUAUGGAUCUGAAAUUUCAGAACAUUGUGGUGGAGAUCCUAAUUGAGAACCAUGAAAAGAUUUUCCACACUCUGCCUGAUACUUAUUUCCCUGAGUCAACCCCUGUGUCAAUCUCUCCUCCAAAUGCCCCACCGCGACAAUCAAGACGACAGGGCCAACGUAAUAAGAGGCCCGUUGCUGUAUAUAAUCUCUGUCUGGAGCUGGAUGACAGUAAUUUGCCUGAGAGCGGGAGGAAUUUUCUAUCAGGUGACAACCUUAGUCCUCCCAAAGAAUGCACGCGCUCAGGUAGCAUGGAUUCCCUGUCUUCUCACUCUCCCACAACUGCUGCUCCUACCACCCCUCAAGACACCGAGAAAAAUAAUCUCAUAACUGACAGUGGCAAUCUAUCCAGCGAGAUUCAUUCAUCAAUGGUUUCCUGGAUGAAUCUAAAGUCACCUACAGCACAAAGUCCAGUCACAAUAAAUCCAUCAUUUUCAUUUCCCUCUCCUGCUACAGACACUGACAGACCAGUUGGAAGUAUUGUCAAUAGAAAAGCCAGAGCAGUGUAUCCAUGUGAAGCAGAGCAUAGUUCUGAACUGUCUUUUCAAAUUGGGGCAGUUUUUGAAGAUGUGCAUUUUUCACGAGAACCUGGCUGGUUAGAAGGAACUCUAAAUGGGAAGAGAGGACUCAUUCCGCAAAACUAUGUCCAGUUUCUGUAGUUCUCUUCUGAAUGCUUGGAAGAUGUACAUGGUAUCCAUGGAUAUAGAUAGAUAGGCAUUGUAUAUUGAUUUUCUUGGCUUCAGAUACUUUUAAUCAGUAAGAAUUUGAGAUUAAUAUCUUAAUAUGUAUAAAGAUUUAAUAAUAGGAACAAUGCAAUUGCAUGUACUUUUAUAUGGAGUAGCAGGAAGAGAGAGAAGGUGAUUUAAUUUUAUAAAUAAUACUUUGUAAAAACUAAGAGUUAUAUAUAUGUUUGCAUGUGUGUGUUUGUAAGAACUUGAAUCAAAGAUCUGUUUAAGUUGUUAACCAAAUACCAGUUAAAGAAGAUCAUAAAAAUGUUUACUCUCCUUUUGUAUUUUUAAAUUUGAGAGGUAUAAAACUUUGGAAAGUGGAUUUGAAAAACACCUUUGCAAAUACUACAGACAAAAACUUGGAAAAUGUCAUUUAUAUGGGCAAUUCAUUGUGAAGAUUAUAGUUGAUCUAAAAAAGGUAAAGUUCUUCAAGUUGAGCUCAAGUCCAGAUGCCUUCAUGAGUACAGCCAUGUAACUUACUUAACAACAAUAUGGGAAUGGUUUGCUCUUGCCUUAUGGGGUUUCCUUUUUUAUUUCCUGCUGUAAUCUACAGUCCUGGUAGCCUCUGGAGGACUCCCAUCCAAGUACUAACCAGGCUGGAUGCAUUAUAUUAACUGAAUAUCCCUUAGUUUGAAAAUGAAUAAAUCAGAUGGAAAAAGUGAUGAACUUAAAUCUGCAGAAGGGAUGAAUCAUAUGUGAUUUUCAAAUGUCCAGAGUAUGAAAAUAAAUCUAUAUAAAUUAUGUAGCUUCACUUAAAUGUAUAUAUGCUGUUGCAUGCAAAAGCUUAGGCAACCCUGCAUGUUUCAAUUAAUAGCUAAGCAUACAAAAAUUGACAUAACUUCUACAGGGUACAAGGUUAAACAAGCAUCUUAUUGCAAAUUUGAAUGCAUGCUUACUAUAUAUUUGUAAAUGUUUAAGAUUCAAAGAAGAUGAAAACAGUAAAUACGGUAGGUGCAGAAGUUUGGACACUCUUUCUGUCAGUACUUUGUAACAUCUCCUUCAACAGACAAAACAGCUUCCAGGGGUAGCCAUCUUUAAAUGUUUCUCUUCUUGAUUUUGAAACUUUAUUACUCUUCCUUGUAGAGUUCUUGUAGCUCAGAAAUUUUCUUAGGGCUACUUGCAUGUUUUGCAUGUAAGUACUUCAUAGUCGAUUUGAGGGUAUGUGUCAGAUUAUUGUCUUACUAAAAUAUCCAACCUAAACAUAGUUUCUGUUUCUUCCAUGACUGGAUAUUAUCUUCUAGGUUUUGUUGAUGGUUAGUUGAAAGUUCUGCCCUGCAGUAUUCACUGUUUUAUUAUUUUUAAUCUCUAUGAAAACAACUGCAUACAAAUAGUAAGUGUGCAUUCAAAUUUGCAGAGCUAUGUUGGUAUAACUUUGUACCAUGCAGAGAUUGGGUCAGCUUCUGUUCACUUACGAUUCAUUGAAAUAUAAUUUAACCAGAGAGGCCAAAAUUUUUGUACAAUCCCCUGAGAACCAUUGAUUAAAUGAAAUAUAAACUGUAAGAAUCAUACUUAUUACUGAUUUGAGAACUUUUUCUCUACUGUCUUUGGAAAGGGUAUUUACUAUAUUUCCUAUCAGUUGGUGGAAAUUCGGUUUUUUUCUCCAAGUUCAACCAGGAACUGUUUAAAUCCUAAGGAUAAUGUAAAUGAAUUGAAUAGAUGGGAGACUACUUAAUUAUUUCCCAUGUAACUGUCUUGAAUCUUCUGUUACCACAUUUUCCAUACAGAAGAUGAAAAAUAAGACAACCUUAUCUUUCUGUAAUAAUUUAGUGUUAAUUACCCCCUAGCUAUUUUGAGGGUUUCUAAAAGUUAGAAACAUCUAGUUUGAAUCUUAAGUUAUACACAGUACAGUGCAGUGCAUAGUUCCAGUGAAUAUGACUGUGUUAAGCUUCAAAAUACUAAUUUAAAAUCAUGUUAAUAAUAAUAUAUGAAAAAAUAUUUUAAUAUACUGUUCACUUGUGAUGUAAAUUUCCACACAUUUUAAGUCAUGAUAUCACUUAAAUGUACCACUUUUUAAAGAAAAAUAGUUGGAAGUAUUUGGAUUUUGAGGACAGGAAAGAGAAACAGUAGAAAUACUUAUUUUAAGUAUUUGAAUAAUGGUUUUUACCAACGUGUACAUCAAUUGAUCUUACUUUGCAUGAUCAGUAAGUUCUUAAUGACUUUCAGCCAAAACUACUGUCUCAGUUGGAAAAUGCUGAUUCUGAGAUUAUAGUGAGAGAUGUGAAAAAAUUAUCUUUGGUGGCUGAUUUAUGAAGUGCUAUAGCCAAUGAACAGAAUGAAAGCCGUAUUUUUAUUUGUACAGCACUUUUCAAAUGUUUUGCUUGCUUAAACUUUUAAAACUGCCUUCUACCAUAGCUAUCUGAGAUAAUGCAUAUACGGGACCUAAUCUAUUAAAAACUGGAGUGUGCAUUUCCCUUGAUACAUGUACAUGACUUUGUGCAGCUAUCUAUACUAAGUCUUGACCACAAGUCCUUCAAGUCUUGAAGGCAGAGCGCUGUUUAAGAAGAUCAUGGUAUUUUUCCCAGAUAGAUUGGAUCACAGUUUUCUUCAGAGCUACAGGAAUCAGCACAUUAGGACUAUUUAUGUUACAAAAGUGAUUUGGAAGAAGUGAUUUAGAGCAAGUAGAACAGCUGUUUGCUACUUAUGAAAACAGCCAUAUCUUUUUUCAGCUUGCAAAGAAAUCUGAGAAAUCAUGGCUGCUUUUGUCAGUAGUAGAAAGAUGCUGUGCUUGUACAGGUUCUAAAGCGCUACUUCCAAAUCAUUUUUGACAUAUGCAGAUUGCCAUACAGUUACAUGCAUAAUCCUACAAUGAAGAAAAGGAUAUUCAAACAUGUUUCAAGGUUGCAAUCAUGAUAGCUACACUCAGUUCAUCCUCAAUAAAGCUUGCUACCAAACACACAUUAGUAGGAAACUUAUCUCUGCGUCAUAAUCCAAACUUGGAUCACAUGAUCCCUGCAUUUUACUGGAUUGCUCAAUAAAACUAUGUUGUAAUGAAGAAAAUUAGGCAAAUACUAGUUUUUAAAUAGUAAAUUCAUAGGAGUAUAAGAUCUUCACUAUUGUUAACCUUAAAAAAAUCAAAUUAAAAAUUGUUUGAAAAACAAAUCACAACUAUACUUUUACAUUAUUUUCUUUAAUUAGGUUUAACUGACAAUCAUUGGCUGUUCUUUUGUCCAGAACUGUACAGCCCUUUGAGUGUACACAAAUUAUUUCCAGAUGGCACAGUUGUGAUCCAACAUAGUGCUGCUUCUUUAGUCCAACUGGAACUCUCCCAGACUGUGGGGCAUUAAUAUAGUUCUUUGUAUCUAAAGCUAUAAUCAGUGCCAGAUAGCUUUAAGGUGAUUCUACUUGGGAGAUCAUCAAGCAGUUUGGAAAUGUUACCCAAAAUAGCACAGAUGCCUGUGGAAUAAUGUAAUGGAAAUCAGGUUGUUUGAACUAUUACAAGGGCAACUGAGACACACACACUGUUCUGAGCUCCUUCCUUUCUCUCUCCUUUGUAGCCCCAGUAUAAUGAUUGUACUCAAGGGACAUAGAGUCCCCAUGAUGCCUUUAGCUAGCACACAAAAGUAUGCUCAUAAUUUUCUUCAUGCAGGCAUGAACCUGAUUAAUCAAGAUUCUUUGGGGUGAUGCAUAAAAAACUAUAGACCUUUUCACAAUUUCAUGGAAUAGUUGAGAAUUGUGGUGGCAACAAGCAUUCUACUCUCCCUUAAGUUUGGAGUAGAAUAAUUUAGAUUGCUAAUAUGGUAUCGUUCAGUUACAUCUUUCUAAUGAAAAGAUCCAGUUCAAGAGUUUAAAAAAUAGCUGCUUUUCAAUGACCUCAGUGAAGCAGUAUUAUUUAGAAACAAAAGCGGAAAUAGGCCUCUGUCCCAAGGCUGGAUCUGAGAACUUUUUUAUACAGAAUGUACUAGAGCAAUUAACAUAAGCAGAAAAUUCAAGAGUAAUGUUUCUUAAAUACUAUUACUUUUGCAGGUGGUGUAGUGCUUAGGUAACUAAGAGGGGCCCAGGAUCACACCUUUUCCCUGCGUAGGAUCUAGAACCAGGAACAGUGGCCAAAGGAUUGCUGCUGAUGUAGUAAAGACUUACGCUGUAGGGGCCCCACAGUCCAGUUUAAUGUAGACAAUUGUGUGGCUGUGUCAUUGUUAGAACUUAUACAAUUUGUGUACUGUUGGGGUCCUUAAAAUGUAUCUCCAUCUCAUCAGUUAUACAUACUUUACUAAAAGUCAUUAGAGGAAAGUUCCUAGCUUGUCAAAUUGAGAUAGAGAAUUUUCUAUAAUCAUCUACUUUUUUCUAGUAGUAUGUUAUUAGCAUACCAAGUGCCACACAUGUGGAGAGGGCAUUCUUGGCUGUUGCCAUGUGAUGAAGCAUUUAAAAUCUUCCAAAAGGCAGGAAGGUAAUGUCCUAGAA